UGGGACCUCCAACGCCAGCUGGCAGCUAAAUUCGCAGCCGGAGAAAUAAAGGGCGUGGACCUUAAAAAGCCGCCACCUUAUCAGAAAAGAGGUUCCAGGGACAUUUCCCCGAAACGCGAGAGGUCACCUGAGAAGGAAACCGAUUCGCCACCUCCAGGUCCCAAAAAAAGAGUCGACAUGAUUCUUGGGAAAUUCCCCCAAGGAAAAAGUUUACAAGUCGAAGCUCUCUUGAGCAAACCCUCCCAUCAAUCGAACCCCGACUCGAGGGUGGACUGUAUCCUUGGAGGAUCAGACAUAUGUCAAGACUCCGUCAAUUCCAUUAAGAAUCACGUGCGGAAGGAUGUGUCUAACACUGGACCUAAGCCUCCUAAUCCUGAAUCCAACACUAAGAUUUCUUUCUGGGAGAGCGAGACCUCAAACCUUGACAGACCUCACGAUGAUGCGUUGAUCGUCACCCUGAACAUCGCAGGAUACGAGGUUCCUAAGCUCAUGAUAGACACAGGAAGCUCUGUCGACCUCAUUUUCUAUAACACCCUAAAAGGGAUGGAAAUAGACGACUAC